AUGAGAAACCACGAUUGCGUUGAAGGAUCAUGCAUCUAUUGUGCCUUGCAGGAUAUUUUUAGAGAAUUUAAAGAAAGUGACGAGAACACAUUGAAUCCAGACAUGUUGCGACUAACGCUGGCAUGCUCCUUCCAGGAUCAGGAUAAGUUCCAGCUGGGACAGUUGGACGAUGCUGCUGAGUGCUAUGAGAAGAUUUUAUCCAGAAUUCAUUUCCAUUUGUCUGGCGGUGCCUCCGAUGAUUUCUGCUCUCUUGGUCACUGCAUCACUCAUGUGAAAUUUGCCAUGUCAUUAAUUCAACAGACUCUAUGUCAAUGUAGUGCAACAUCAGAACCACUGCCGUACGUUCAGCUGGUUGAUUACGUCUCCACUUUAUCCAUCAUGUCUGCCAUUGAGUGCUCAAAGAUGAUGAAGACAAACGACUUCAGUGAAUUGCUGAGAUAUGCAUUCAACUAUGAAAUGUCAAGCACGUGUCCCCUAAAGUGUGGACUGAAGAGUAGAACAGUGAGAACCUUGGUGAACUGUCCUGAUGUUGUAAGCAUUGGAUUGAUUUGGAACUCCGAUCAACCUGAUCCAGACCACAUCAGAGAGUUUGUAUCCACCAUUGGAGAGCAUGUAACUCUGCAUAAGGUAUGUUUCAACACAACGGAGAGUUCAGUUCGUGAGUUAGUAGGCGUUGUGUGCUACUACUUCAAACAUUACUCAACUUUCUUUAAGAGGUCCAAAGAUGGAAGGUGGAUAUCAUUUGAUGAUGCCAGUGUCUCCGAGAUUGGAGAUACAUGGGAUAAAGUGAUUGACAAAUGCUGCAAGGGCAAGUACCAGCCUCUCCUCCUCAUCUACCAAAACAAACAGGCUGAGCUGAUCAACACUAAAACCGCUCCUAAAAAAACCUCUUUCAUAGUGAAAUGUAUGUGUGUAUGA